ACUGGGGAAGCAGCAGCUCGGCCCGGCUGCUGUUUCUGUUCAGUCAUAAACAGUUACAACUACAGUAACAACAGUUUUUAGUUUGUAGUUUUAUCAUUCACCUAUUUAUUAUUUCUUAACAAAUGGCUGAGACAGGACGCCGGGACUCUUCUGAGCGAGAGGGCCUGUCCACCUCGGUAACUCACUACGGCUCCACAGACAGCAGCGGCGAACAUGAACCCCAGAGUAACAGUCGUGACAGCAACCAUAACAACCACAGGUUUCCCACGGCAACAGCAGGUCACUGGGUCACGGCUGAUCAGGAAGAGGAAGCCAUCCGCAGGAAGCUGAAGUACUUCUUUAUGAGCCCUUGUGAUAAAUACCAUGCCAAGGGCCGUAAACCUUAUAAGCUGAUCCUGCAGCUGCUCAAGAUCAUAAUUGUCACAGCUCAGUUGGUGCUUUUCGGCCUCAGUAACCAGGUGGUGGUGACCUUCAAAGAGGAGAACACCAUGACCUUCAAGCACCUCUUCCUUAAAGACUAUGAUGAGUCUUCAGAUGACUCUUUUGCUGUUUACACACAACAGGACGUCUAUGACCACAUUUUCUACGCUGUGGAGCAGUAUCUGGCCCUACCAGAGACCACAGUGGGACGUUAUGCAUAUGUCUACAACGUUGGUGUGAAUGGCAGCGCGCUGUCACUCUGCCAGCAGUACUACAAGAAGGGACGCAUCGACCCAGCCAACGACACCUUCAGCAUCGACCCUCGCAUCAUCACAGACUGUAUAGGUGUGAACCCUUUGUCGGUCCCUCCAGCUCCACUCACCAACAGCUACAAGAACUUUACACUCAAGUUCCACAAGCUGAUUAAUGUGACCAUACAGUUCCAGCUGAAGGCGAUUAAUAUACAGACUAUCAUCAACAAUGAGAUCCCAGACUGCUACACUUUUUACAUCACAAUAGUUCUGGACAACAAGGCUCACAGCGGAAAAGUUAAGAUCCGGUUAGAAAACCAGGCAUCAAUAAAGGAAUGUCGAGAUCCGAGUGUGUCUGGACAGGCUGAGAACUAUACACGUGUGGCGUUUGAUGUCGCUGUGGCUCUGGUGUGUAUGCUGUCACUGCUGCUGUGUGGACGCUCCAUACUGAGAGGCAUCAUGCUGCAACAGGAGUUUGUGCAGUUCUUCAGGGAGACUCUGGACCGUAGAGUAUGCUGGUCAGACCGCCUUGAGUUUAUUAACGGCUGGUACAUUCUCCUCAUCAUCAGCGACAUCCUCACCAUCACUGGCAGUAUCAUCAAAAUCGGCAUUGAGUCUAAGAAUUUGUCCUCCUAUGACCUUUGUGGCAUCCUCUUAGGGACGUCCACUCUCUUAGUGUGGGUGGGAGUCAUUCGCUACCUCACAUUCUUCCAGAAGUACAAUAUCCUGAUCGUAACACUUCGAGCAGCGUUCCCCAAUGUGAUUCGGUUCUGCUGCUGCGUUGCCGUCAUCUAUCUGGGCUACUGCUUCUGUGGAUGGAUUGUCCUGGGACCGUACCAUGUCAAGUUCCGCUCUUUGUCCAUGGUGUCAGAGUGUUUGUUCUCCCUCAUUAAUGGGGACGACAUGUUCGUGACGUUCUCGGAGAUGCAGGAGAGCAGCACUCUGGUGUGGCUCUUCAGCCAGGUUUAUCUUUACACCUUCAUCUCCCUCUUCAUCUACAUGGUGCUGUCUCUGUUUAUCGCUCUCAUCACCGGAGCUUACGAGACCAUCAAGCACCAAACACAAGAGCCCAUCCACAUCACGGACCUGCACGCCUUCAUAGCAGAGUGUACGGAUGCACCGAGCUCUGGGAAGUUCAGAGGUCUGGAAACCUCACCGUGCUCCUUCUUCUGCUGCUGUGACAGAACGACAACAUAUGAAGAUGUCCUACUGGUGAAUUGAAGUUGACCUCAACGACCUCAAAAGUCUCACUUGCCCCCCCUACUGGCCAAUGAGGCACAUUACACACUCCUGAAGGCACUGUGUCUGCAUCAGUGAACUGAAUCUGGGUCAACCCUCUGAUGGGGGAGUCGCCAUCAGCUGGACCAGCGCUCUAGAGUCUCCUUACAGGACCUUUAUUUUUUCCGCUUUUGACUCCGUGGAGAAGGACCCGACUUCACUUCUGUAUGAACGGGACUCAUGGAUGACUAGUGCACAGACAUUUCUCUAGUUUCUUGUUUGUUUGUAAGACAAAAUACAGUAUUUUUUCUGUUAAAUGAUGCACAAUGCUGAUCCAGCAGCAUGGCCUGUUGUUAAGAGACCAGGUGAGCCAUAAUGAUGACUGCAGCACUGCCUACUCGGUGCUGACUCUUUUUAUUUUUCCUUUUAUAGAAUUUCACUACAGUUACCUCCUAAGAAUCUCCCAAAGCUGUAUUUAACAUUUUCUUACACAUAGCUCUUUGAUUUGAAAUAAUAUAACGUCUCUUACACUUUGAAAACUACAAGAGUGAUGAUGGGACGUUCAAACAGAAUGAGAGAAGAAAAUUUGUUGUAGUCUGCCUUUUUUGGACAAUCAGAUCAAUAGAAUUCAGAGAUAUAUUCAAAAACAGGACCACAAAUAGAUGUACAGUGUGAGAUUUCAGAUGUGGAAUUGACUUGUUUUAUAUAUAUAUAAAGUUUCAAACAGCGUCUUUAGCUGCAUCAUGUUGCCUUCAAACGUGGACUCUAGUUUUUGUUUUUAUUGCUGCACUUUGUUGCUCUAGUGAACUGUGUGAUGUGAUACGAUGCUUUUAUCUCAGUAAUGAUCAGUAUAAUGGGAUGCAGUCACUCACUAAUGAAGCUCUCAGCAAUCCCUGUGGUUGGCUACAAGGCAAAGCUGCUCUCCUGACCGAUGAGCAUGUUUCUUUAAUGAUGUGAAAGUAUUAUCAAGAAAAUACAACUUCAUCCUUUGUGUAGAAGUUAUGUGUUAUACCCCUCCUGUCCUUUGAUGGGAAACACUGAUGGCCAUUAACAAACUGCUUCUGACAUGUUUUCAGUGAAAAAAGUUUGGACUUUAAGGAAAAAUAAUAAUGUCCUGUCAUUGUAGUUCGCAGAGCUUUUUAGUCUUUUUGCUGUUUUUAUAAUGAUGUCUUGUCUAAAACUGUUGUUUAGUGACUUGAUCUUUUUGUGGAAGCUUGAAUAAUGGUGAUUCUAUUUGUCUUUGGACCAUAAAACGCACAAUAGUUCAAGGAGUCUCACGGUCUGAAGGUUGUUUGGAGAGAUGAUCUCUGAUUAAUGGAGCCAGCAGUAAUUUUUGUCUGAUAAGCUAAGCACUGUCAUAUUGAAGCCAAAAACAUCUCAUGGAAAUUGGAUUUAGAUGGUAAAUGUGUGCCAAAUUCAUCCAUGGCCUUAACAUUAGUUAGUAUAACAUGUUUAAUAUUGUCUUGUAUUACCAAGAUGUACCUUUCCUACAGUUUGAUGUUUGAUGGAGUCUUGUUUUUUGUACAAAUUAUCUGCACUUGAGCUGUACCUGAGAGAUGCAUUAAGUUGUCCUGAAGUCAUUUGUCUGCUGCCAGAUAAACUGCCAAACUGCAGAUUACAGUUUCCCAGGUCGUCUUUGAUAUUAAAAGUGUUUUAUGCGUCA